CCAGCGUAACGGAAGUAGUUCUUUUUAGAAAUAGAUAUAUUCUGAAGUUUGGGCGAUCAGAAUUGUUCUAUUUUAUUCUUUGCUUUAUACAGAACGAUUACUUCGUUACUCUCGUCAACAUUUACUUCAUUUUAUACCACAAUUUUGAUAAAUAUAUAAUACAGUAAUAAGUAGAAAAAACUAUGGAUAACAAUAACAGAAAGAAAAUUUGGACCUACGACGAACGUUUGGAGCUUGCUACUAAAUUGGAAGGGCAAUUGGAUGAUUUUGUAAGUCAAUUAGAAAAGAGAACUUUUAAGGAGGGAUACACCGAAGAGAGUAUGUUAGAAGAACUAGAAAAUCACCCAUUCUUCAUGAAGAAAGCUCCAGAACCCGGACAGCCGCUAUCUCCCCUUGUGGAAGGAUUACAACAACUUAAAUAUUCGCCGGAAGAAAAUACUCCUGAACAAUUAGCUAAAAGUUAUAAAGAUGAUGGAAAUUUUAAUUUUAAUAAUGGACAAUAUCGUAUGUCUAUUAUAAGUUAUACGGAAGGUAUCAGAACAAGAUGUAAAGACCAGGAAUUAUUAGCACAACUUUAUAAUAAUAGGGCUACUGCACAUUAUAUGCUUCAAAAUUAUCGAUGUAGUUUAAAUGACAGUAAACAAGCAAUAAAAUUGAAAUCGGAUUAUGCUAAAUCUUUGGAAAGAGCUGCCAGGUGUUGUUUACGCGUAAAAGAUUUUGACCAAUGUAACGAGUUAUGUGAUAAAAUCUUACGUAUUUUCCCAGAAGAGAGAGUCAUAUUGGAUUUAAAAAGACAGAUUAUAUUGUCUGAUAAAACCUCCUACCGAGAUCAAAGGAAACAGAAAAAAGAAGCAGCAAAACUUUCUAAAGAAGAAGAAGAAUUGUUAUCUACCAUCAAAAGUAGAGGUAUCAAAUUAGAAUUGCUUGAUGGUGACAAAAUACCAAACUUGAAAGAUUUGGAAUCUAAGAUACCAGAACUGAUGCAAAGUAAAGUACAUUUAGAUGGUAACAACAAACUUGUAUGGCCAGUAAUAUUUUUAUAUCCUGAAUUCCAAGAAACUGAUUUUGUACAAAAUUUCCAUGAAGAUAUUACUAUAAAAGAACAAUUAGAAGAAUUAUAUUUUUCCCCACCACCAUGGGAUACUCAACAUCUGUAUAACCCUGAUACUGUAGCAAUAUAUUUUGAAGGAAAAGAUAAAAAUUCUCUACAUAAAGUGGACAUUUCAAAUACACUUGGAAAGAUAUUAACAGAUGAACAAUUUUUAGUUCGCGGUGGGACACCAGCAUUCCUGAUAUUUGUAAAAGACAGUAAAGCCGAAGCUCGUUAUUUGAAAACCUAUCACAAAGAAUAGAGAUAGUACGUUAAAGUAAAUAAACUGGGUUUUAUCUUUUGCAA